UGGUUGGAAACCAAAGCAAUGUGGGCGCACCCACAAACAAGGAAGUCAAAUGCUUAUUUCCGAGUUGCCCUACAUGCACCGAACGCGAGCGAGAGAGCGACAAACGUCGCCGACGAUUGCGUUGGACGGACCCAACUCGAUCCAAUUCGACUUCAUUUACAUGCAAGCUGGCGGCGGCGUUGGCCAAUUCCGAUAUGUUUUUUUUCGUCGUUAGUAUUCUGUUCGACGCUGCAAAGGUCAUAAACGCCGACACCCACAGCCUGAUGUACAUCUACACGGGGCUGUCAGAGGGGGCGGCGCUCCCGGCGGGCACCCACCGGUUUACAGCCAUGGGCCUGCUGGACGGUCACGUGAUCGACUACUACGACAGCGGCGCCAUGAAGAAGGUCCCCAAGCUGCCGUGGAUGGCCGCGGAGUUGAGCGCCACCUACUGGCAGCAGGGCAGCCAGUCCCGGAGGAGCAAACAGCAGUGGUUCAAGGUCAACAUGGCCAUCCUGCUCAAUCGCAUGCAACACAACCGCUCGGACGUGCACGUCCUCCAGUGGAUGCACGGUUGCAGCGCCGACCUGCGUCCCAACGGCAGGGCGGCCUUCCGCGCGGGCGUGGACACGUACAGCUACGACGGCCUGGACUUCCUGUCCUUCGACUACAAGCGCGCCGAGUGGGUGGCGACGGCCCCCGCGGCGCUGGAGACCAAAAGGAGGUGGGACGACGUGCAGCUCCUCAAGGACUACACCCGCGCCUACCUGGACAAGGAGUGCGUCACCUGGAUGAGCCGCUACCUCCGCUACCAGCACGAUCGAGCGGAGCGCGUGCCGCCGCCCACCGUCGACAUGUUCGCCAGGAAGACGCGCGCCAAGAGCACGCUGCUGCUGACCUGCCUCGCCAGCGGCUUCGGCCGCAAGGACGUCGGCCUGGAGAUCCGCCGGAACCGCCGCACGCUGACCAAGGAGGACGGCGUGACGUCCACUGGCGCGCGGCCCAACGAAGACGGGACCUUCCAGAGGCGGGACAGCGUGGAAGUCCUCGAGAGCGACGCCGCCGACUUCACGUGCCUCCUCCGGCAUCGCCUGUCCGGACUUCACGUGGAAGCGCUUUGGGAUCACGAGAUCUUGAGCCCCUCCGGCGUUAACGUGGGCGUCGCCGUGGGCGUCGCCAUCGGCGUCGGUGUGGCGGGACUUCUCGGCGCCAUUUUGCUGGUCUGGCUCGUGCGCAGGAAGUGCAAAGACGGUGCAGCUCGCGAGGCCACACCCCCAGAAUCAGUCCAAGAGAAGAGUUUGCGGCUGCUGGAGCGCGAGGAAGCCGCCGAGAUGGGCGCCGGCCAGUCUUUGGAAUCUUGCAGCACUUCCGACUCAGGCGUGCCUUCCGAGGACUCGCUUGGCAACAACCCGGGUAAGAUCCUCCCCGUUGGCUUCGGCAAUCGUUGGGCUAACAGAAGCCUAACGAUAACUUCAUCAGUGUGGGCGGGAUCAACAUCAGCCCGUCUCACAGUGAACAUUUAGGACCAAAUCAACACUCAACGACCUUCUAAAACGAGUAAAAAUCCAUUUUUGAGGACAAAGCGAUUGACCAAAUGUUUUGACAUUAUCAUCGACAAAUCAAAACAAGAUCGAAUCGUCUGUCGGAGACCAGAUGCAAUCAGAAGUCAUUUUAUUUGAAGAGGUGGGAGAAGUUGACAAAAGGACCAAUCAGAAUUGACGUCGGCUUCGUGAAGUUUGAAAGGCGCGGAAUGGCAUUUUCGAAGCACAAGACCAAUUUGCAGAGACUUUACAGUCCAGUUGUCCCCAAAUCCACGUCCGCAGUACUGGAGGCUGACACGGGAGAGGACUUUGACUCCGGUCCGGUCCGGUCCCGUCCCCUCCCCUCCCAUCCCAUCCCACUCCCGUCCUUUUUUUCUGCCAGUCAAUCCUGCUCGGUUGUUGGGAAUGCGUAUAACGAUAUCAGGUGAUGCUCGUGCCCAAUCGUGUGAUUAAUAGUGAAAUUCGCUCCCAUCCCGCGGGACCCGGCGGGGAUCCCGAAAAAGGGUCCGCCUCUAAUCCAACGCGCGUAAAAUCAUUCAGAAUAAGUCUUUUGUCGAUCAUUUAGCGGCACGCACAAACGUUGUAGUCCGCUCUUUUGCUAACUAGCUUGAUGUGAACGAAGGUCGCGGUCGACGCUUUCUGUCGGUGGACGAUGACGUGCGCGUGUUGCUGUGGCAGGUGGCAGCAGACGGGCACGUCUGUCACACGGCCAGAGAUCGGAGUUUCUAUUAUUCUGAUGUUUUUCUUUCGGAUUCAGGGAGGGCAGGUCUGAUGGCCUUGUAGCGUAUGCACUUUUUUCUUGCAAUCUUUCGAUUUUUGCACUAACCCUAACUGCUGAGUUUUACGGGCAAAUAAAUGUUUGGUCCAAAUAA